AUGAUGUUGGCCCCAGCGAAAGAAGGAAAUUCUAGGCUAUUACCAAGGACGGUGGACGCAGUAGAGGAUAAACUUGGGCGAGGAAAGGGAGAGCCAGCAGUUUCCAUCCCAACAAAGCUUGUGGUCGUCUCGAGUGGAGAUCAGGAGUGGAUUUAUCAACAAAGGUAUGAGGAGUCAAAACGAAGAAAUCAUGAGCCACGAAGCUACAAUACGGGAUACCAACCUAGGAGUAAUCAGGGACCCAGAUACGGGGAAAGGAGUCCCAAUGGACCAAUCUUUGAAGAUGUGAAACUCCCACGGCUUAACACAACUGUGGAAAAAGUGUGGGAGGCAAUAGUGCUGACGGAGGAAAUCCCGCCCCCACCAAAUUUCGGAAGAGAGCCCCCACCAGGGUCUCGAAGUCAUGAAUUUUGUAAGUAUUAUCGCUUCCAUGGACACCAAAUAGGUAAUUGCAGGAACAUUCGGAGAAUUAUACUUCGCUUGAUAGACCAAGGGAAACUCGCGCAUUUCCUAGAGAGUUAUGUGCCACCCCCGCCACCUCGAGAGAAUCAGCCGAUAUACCGGAUCGAGAUAGACCAAGGAAAGCAACAAUUAAACUGUAAUUCGAUAAUUCACGCGCCGAGAAGUCUCCAAGACUUUCAUGACAAUGUGCUUAAAAGAGUACACAAGAGGGAUUUCGAGGGAAACGAAAUAUUCAGCGUCAUGACGAAAGAGCCGCUAGAGGAAUGGCAGAAGAGGGAGAUAACCUUCUCGGCGAAGGAUGCACCUGAUGGGGAAAUUUCGCACACAAAUCCUCUGGUCGUGACCUUGGGAUUCGGAAAAUAUUCCAUAUGGGAGGAAGAGCAAGCUGGGGAAAGGAGAACUUGGGAAAUAGACAGAAUCUUAGUUGAUACUGAGAGUUCAGUCGAUAUCCUCUUUUACCAUACCUUUAGGACCAUGGGAUACAAGGACUCGGAUCUUGUACCUUCUACAUAUAACACAUAUGGGUUCAAUGGGGUAGCGUCUAAGCCGAAGGGGGAACUGACCGUGAAGAUUCUCGCUGGCGAACUAGAGACGAAGGUCACAGUCUGUGUCGUAGAUGUCGAUUAUCCCUAUAAUUCUCUCAUAGGACGGACUUGGAUACAUGGAAUAAAGGGAGUUGCGUCGACAUAUCACCAGGCGAUCCGGUUCCAAAUGCCAAGAGGAAUCGGCGAGAUAAGAGGAGAUCUGAGUGACGCAAAAGAAUGUAUAACAAAAGACGUGCAUAACUACGAGGAGAAGUUAAGAAAGAAGAUGGAACAAAGGAAGAAAGUCAGCGAAUAA